AUGGGGCACGUCUGGCCACUCACUGCCAACUUCUGUGGCCCCAGGCCACCCAAGAACAACCCCCCAUACAACGCAGGCGCCUUCCGCUUCGAGCUGACCUUCUCCCCCCACCACCCGCUGGCCCCCCCCCGUGCCACCCUCCGCACCAGCAUCUACCACCCCGGCGUGGACCCUGAUGGCUGCGUCUGCCAGCCCCUCACCUCCACCCAGCACUGGGUGCCCACCACCCGUGCUGUCCAAGUGCUGCAGGACCUGCUGCUGCUGCUGGACAGCCCAGACCCCCAGCGGGUGCUGCGGCAGGAUCUGGCCUGUGAGCUCCAGCACCAGCCCCAGGUUUUCUGGCGCCGGGCAGAGGAACACACCCGACGCCACGCUGAGCGGCGGCCCGACCCCCCUGGCCCCUGAGCCCCCUGCACCUGGGGGCACCUGGGGGGUCCCAGGGGCACCCCGGCUUCCCCCCUGCCUCUCUGUGCCAGCCAGGGCUGGCCCUGGCAUCGCCCCUGCC